AUGACGUCUUUCAUCUUGCCACGGCAAGUUCCCACAGCUGUCCUAGCAAUCCUCUGUGACACCAUGUCCUGGGUGAAGAUGGUGGCUGCAGUCUUGGGACUCUCCCAACAAUUCUGGUGGUACUCAGAAUUGCUGGGACCUGUGGGAACUUGCCAUGGCCCUGAAGAACAAUGUUUUGAGGGGAGCAAUGAGACCUCCAUGAACCACACAACAGUAGUGGAAUUUGUCCUCUUGGGGCUGACCAACAGCUGCCAUUUGGAGAUCAUCUUCUUUCUGUUUCUUGUGAUUGCCUACUUCUUGAUCUUGCUUGGAGACAUUACUGUCAUCAGCAUCACUCUUGUGAAUCAUUUCCUUCAGACCCCAAUGUAGUACUUCCUCAGAAAUGUUGUCCUUUUGGAAAUCACUUUCACCUCCACAUUGAUUCCUAGGACCCUCUACAGCCUUCUGACAGAGAAGAAGAUUAUUUCACAGAAUCACAGACUGCCUUGCACAGAUACAGGGUUCAUCAAAGGACUGCUGCUUAUUGUGGUAAUUAUCAUUGUACUUGGUACCUUAACAGUAACUGCUGUUUCUUAUGCCUACAUUAUUAUCACCAUCUUGCAUAUACCAUCUUCCACAGGUAGGAAUAAGGCAUUUUCCACUUGCUCAGCUCACCUCAUGGUGGUGAUAUUUUACAGCACAUGUAUUUACAGGUACAUCUGCCCAGCACUGCAAGGUGGGCAAGACUCUGACAAAGUUCUUUCUUUCUUCUCCGUGGUGGCUCAGAUGCUUAAUCCAUAUAUCUGCUUACUUGGGAACAAUCAAGUCAAACAAGCCUUAAAGGAGAGAUGUGAAGUAAUUUUCUAG